AUGAAGUUCUCUUCGCUUUUGAGCGUUUUCGCCUUUGCUUCUGUCGUCUACGGACACUGCAUCUUCCAGAAAGUCUCCGUUAAUGGCGUCGAUCAAGGUCAAUUGAGGGGUGUCCGUGCUCCCAGCAGCAACAACCCCAUCCAAAACGUUAACGAUGGUGGCAUGGCCUGCAACAACAACAUCCAAUUUAAGGACAACAACGUUAUUGACAUCCCGGCUGGUGCUCGAGUUGGAGCUUGGUGGGGACAUGUCAUCGGAGGUCCUCAGGGUCCCAACGACCCCGACCACCCCAUCGCUGCAAGCCACAAGGGCCCGACCAUGGUCUACCUCGCCAAGGUCGACAACGCCGCCAACGCUUCCCCUUCUGGCUUGCGCUGGUUCAAGGUCGCUGAAGAGGGUCUGAACAAUGGUCAAUGGGGUGUUGACACCAUGAUCAGAAACAACGGCUGGCAAUACUUCACGAUGCCACAGUGCAUUGCUCCCGGCCACUACCUCAUGCGUAUUGAGCUUAUCGCUUUGCACAGCGCCUACUCGCAAGGUGGUGCGCAGUUCUACCUUGGAUGCGCUCAGAUCAACGUCACCGGUGGUGGAUCUGCCACUGGUACCGACACGGUUAGCUUCCCUGGCGCCUACCAAAGCAGCCACCCCGGUAUCACCAUCAACAUCUACUCUGGCUCCCUCCCCAACAACGGUGGUCGCCCUUACACCAUCCCUGGCCCUCGCGUCUUCACUUGCCCUGCUGGCGGGAACCCCGCACCUCCCGUCGUCACCCAACCACCUUCCAACCCCCAGCCUCCUCCCGUCACUCAGCCUCCUCAGACCGGCGGCGCUCCUCUCUACGGACAGUGCGGUGGUCAGGGAUGGAGCGGAGCCACCUUCUGCUCUGAGGGUACCUGCAAGGCCGUCAACGACUGGUACCAAUGCCUUCGAGGAGAGCCUGCAUUUACAUUCGCAUCUAUCAACUAA